CAGAAAAACAGGAAGUGAGCCCUACGGAGGCCGCGGCGGGUCAGAAAGGAUCGAAUUGCGGCGCGCGGCGCGCGGCAGGGAACCUAUUCGCGCAUCGCAGGGGGCGCGCCGGCUCUCGGGACCCGCGGGGGGCGGCAGCAUGGAGGACGACGCGCCGGUGAUCUACGGGCUGGAAUUCCAGGCACGUGCGCUGACCCCGCAGACGGCAGAGACGGACGCCAUCCGGUUUCUGGUCGGGACGCAGUCUCUGAAAUACGACAAUCAGAUCCACAUCAUAGAUUUUGACGACGAAAACAACAUCAUAAACAAAAAUGUCCUCCUCCACCAAGUGGGUGAAAUCUGGCACAUUAGUGCCAGCCCCGCGGACAAAGGCGUGCUGGCCACCUGCUACAACAAGAUCGCAGACAGCAGAGUGCUGACGUGCGCCGCGGUGUGGAGGAUGCCGGAGGAGUCGGAGCCGGGCAGCCACGAGUCCCCCGACGAGUCGUCGAGCACGGCGCACGCCCUGGAGCUGCUGUGUGACCUGGACAGCGUGGCGGCACACGGCAGCGUGGCCUGCGUCGUGUGGGAGCCCACGGGCGACGGGACGCGAGUCAUCUCCCUGGCGGACAACCACCUUCUGCUGUGGGACCUGCAGGCGAGCUCCAGCCGGGCCCUGGAGCCUGUCCCUAGGGCUGGGCUAGGUCACCUCUCAGGUGCUGACGACAUGGUGCAGGCAGCCCUUCCCAAGUCCCCCGAGUGUGGAAAUGACGCUGGACGAGACCCAGACCCUUCAGCUCACCUCCUCUCGCUCCGUCAUGCACAGAGCUCAGAGCUGGGUCAUCAGACACGUGGGCUGUUCCCGUGCACGUGGGUGUGGGGCCCCCAGGCCUCGCCGUGUCUCAGGAGGUGUCUCAGGACCUGCAGACUUGAGAAGGGAGGUCUGGAGCCUGUAAACUGGGGGACGGGAGGCCCGGGGCCUGUAGGCUGGGGGACGGGAGGUCCGGGGCCUGUAGGCUGGGGGACGGGAGGUCCGGGGCCUGUAGGCUGGGGGACGGGAGGUCCGGGGCCUGUAGGCUGGGGGACGGGCAGGGGGUGUCUCCUGGUGGAAGGCAUAGGGCGGUGGGUGCCGAGCUCGCUGCUGGUCUGGCAGGUGUGGGUGCAGCCCCUGAGAGGAGCCCCCCGGCAGGAGGAGCCCAGAGGCCAGUGGCGGAGUCGCACGCUUUAGGACCCAGGCUCCAGUCCUGCCGCGGCCGUGGCCCCGCUGCACACAGCUCCGGCCCAUCCUCGCAGAGCGCUCUGUGGUGGGCGAUUAGCCUGUCACUUAUUUUCUGCAGAGACCGAUUUAGUCCUCCGGCCCCUCUUUUGUCAGCGUCAGCACUCUGUCAGUCCCACUUUGUGACCCUGGGCCGUGGCGUUUAAUACUGAGCCCCUGAUCGAUCCGCGUCUCCACACCCAGCUCCUCCAUUUUUUUAUUGUUGGAGGAUCUUGCCCUGCGUGGCGAGUCUCAUCUCAGGCUGGCUGCAUCAUUACCCUUUGCAAUUAGACGGGAGGUUCCCUGCCAUUUAUAAUCAUUAGCGAGAGCCCAGGGGAGGCCUGGGGGCGGGUCCGCGGGGUCCCGGCCCGGCGAAGGCAGAGGGGUGCCCCCCAUUGUGAUCUGUGCUCGCUCAUCUCUGGGCUCCAGCAGCCUUCACUGGCUCUAGAGAUAAAUAGCUGCUUGCAGGGUGCAGCGAGCGGCAGAGCCCAAGGCACAAGGUGCCGCGAGCCUCGGCGCCCUCCCGGCCGCACAUCCACCUGGAGCUCCCGCAGAGGAACCCCGCUCGGCUAGGACCUGAGGCAGGAACGCCUUUUUAGAAAAGGAUUUUCAUUGAUUUCAGAGAGGAAGGGCAUGUGCCCUGACCGGGAAUCGAACUGUGACCUCCUGGUUCAUAGGUCAAAGCUGACCACUGAGCCACAGCACCUGCAGGAACGCCUCUCUGAGGGAGGAGAGUGGGUGCCAAGGGCACUAGUGCUUUUAGACGUUUCCCAGUUGAAACCAUACCCGCGGGGUGGGGGGCUGGGGUUCAGGAGCCCGUCACCUGCAGCUGACGCCGGCCCGGCCUGGCCAGGCGCUGUGCUGGGCGUGUGGCUGGAGGCUGGGCCGCCCUCAGCAGUGCCCAGGGCGUCUGCCUGGGGUGCUGAGUGCGAGCUGGGAGGGGAGCUUGGACAGGCCCACAGGAGGGGCCCGGCUCUGCUGGGCGGGCAGCCACUGAGCGGUCACAGAGUGAAGGAGUCGUCCUGACGUCCUGUCCAAACGUGUUGCCACUGCCCUAGAGAGGAGACGGGGUCUCCCUGUUUCUAGUCCGGUCCCCUGCACUGCCCCUAGCUCCUUGGGGUGUCGCAGGCCUGUCUGUCUCCCGUCUGGACGCUUGCCCUGCACUGAGCUAUGAGCCCCCGAUGACCACUAGGAGGGGCUGUGACCCGGGAGUCACAGGACACACACAGCCCUGGCGACAGCGUCAGCCUCCUUCGGCCUCUGUCCGAUCUGCGGCCGGCCCUGGGCCCCCCUCAGCGUGCUCCUCUGCGAGGCCUGUGCCCAAGGAUGGAGCGACAGGGCUGUGUGCGGGGGGACAGGGGGCAGAGACGCCGGCCACACGCUCUCCCUGCCUGCAGCAGUCUCUGAGUGGACAGGCCCUCAACCCUGAUGGGAAGAGGAUGUGGCCAGUGUGAUGGGUUUGGGCACAGAAUCCCGGGC